GGAGGGAGGGAGGAGGAGAAGGUCCUGAAGAGACCGGGGAACCGCUCCGGCUCUGUUCAAGUCCUCCCGGCGUCUGCGCCGUUCAGGUUCCAUGCGCGCCUUCAUCCCACCGGGAACCCAACGCCUCCGGGGGAACAACAGAUUACAGUAGUUUUUUUUUGUUUGUUUGUUUUUUUUACAUCAACAAAAGCAGCAUUUGGCUGCAGCUUGAGAAGAGGAGGAGCUGAGGACCCAGGGAGCGCUCAUCGAUGGUGACCUCGGCGAGACGGACACUGUAGCAGUUCGUACUGGACAGGGGCCAAGCAAGGUGUCAGGAAUGCUCCCUGUCCUCCUGCUAGCUGGGUUGAUUCUGGCUUCGUCCAUCCCUGGCACCACGUCCGAGUCAGCCACACUGCGGUUCCUGGGACAGACGGACUUUGUUGUCAACGAGAGCAGCACAGCUGUGGUCCGGCUGGUUGUGGAGAGAGUGGGCGACCCGGUCAAUGUGACGGCUUUGGUUUUGCUAGAGGGAGUGGACACAGGGGACUUUGAAGCCGUUAAUGCUGCAGCCUUUCUGCUGUCCACCGAGUCCAGUAAGACUAUCUUCAUCGCUGUGAAAGAUGACGACUUGCCCGAAGCCGAUGAGACAUUUACCUUCAACCUUAAACUACAGAGUUCCUCUAAUGGUGUAACCCUGGGGACACCGAACAAGGCAACCAUCACCAUCCUGUCCAAUGACAACGCCUUUGGAAUAGUUGCCUUCAACUCGACUGAAGAGAUUGUCGUUGAUGAACCCAGAAGAAGGAACCAUUAUGUGCCUUUCACCCUAAUUCGAGAGAAGGGAACAUAUGGGACUGUGACCGUGAACUUUGAGAUCGAUGAAGGUCCCAACCCGGCCAUCCAGGAUCUCAGUCCAGACAGAGGGACCAUCACCAUCCCUGUAGGACAGGCUGUAGUGCACUUCAGUAUCCUCAUCCAGGAUGACCAGAUCCCAGAGGAUGAUGAGGUAUUUUCUGUCAGACUAACGGGUGUGGCAGGUGGAGCCCUCCUCAGGUCCAACGCCAGCAGCGUUCAGCUGAGGAUCCGGCGUAAUGACAGCCCACUGCGGUUCUCCCACUCUAUCUUGGUAGUACCCGAGUCUGCUGGAGUCAUCGCCAUCAAUGUGACCCGAGGUCUAUUGACUGAAGAUGGGCCACUUGUCGGCUCUGUUGACUCUGAGGUCUCUGUAGAUUACAUGGUGGUGAGCGGUGAAGGACUGGGCAGCGCCACACCAGCUGUGGAUUUCCUCGACCUGCAGCCAGUCAGAACAGUAACGUUCCCUCCGCGCGUCUACAAGACCAGCCUGCUGUUCAACAUCAGUGAUGACAUGGUGCCAGAGAUCGCAGAGUCCUUCCAUCUGGUCCUUCUGGAAGAGACCAUCAGAGGAGAUGCUGUGCUCAUAGCACCUAAUGCUGUGCUAGUGACCAUUGAACCCAAUGAUAAGCCUCACGGUGUCCUGUCAAUCAGCAGCAGUGCAAUAAUUCAGCCAAUCAGCAUCAAUGAGGAUCAGACACAGAGAUUUGAUGGCAUCACUAUUGUAAGAAAUGGAGGUAGCUAUGGUGCCGUGUCUGCCAACUGGUCCAUCAGCAGAAACUCCAGUGAUGGCUCCCCAGUCUCAGAUGACUUGACGCCUGUGGCGGGGACAGUUAAAUUUGCCGCUGGUCAGGUGACUGCGGUGAUUCCAAUAAACAUUGUGGCAGAUGGUCAACCUGAAGAGGCAGAGGCCUUCGCUCUCAAACUGCUGCCUAAUACUGUGACUGGAAAUGCAGAGAUCGGCGAGCCCAUGGAGAUGGUGUUUUACAUCCAAGACAGUGACGAUGUCUAUGGGCUUUUUCGGUUUGACCAUGCGAAAGAGCAAAGCAUCCAGAGCCAAACCGCCGGCCGUUUCCUCUCACUGAAUUUCCUGCGAGAUGGCGGCACUCUAGGCGAUGUGUCUAUGACCCUCACCGCCCUCUACAUUCCUGCAGGUCCAAUAGAUCCAGCACUGGCCCGUGACCAGGUUCUGAAUGUUAGCAGAUCUGUUAAUGUGGUGUUUGAGCGUAACCGGACUGUCCACGUCAUACUGCCAAUCAGGAAUGAUGCCUUUCUGCAGAACGGAGCUCAUUUCUUGAUACAGUUGAAUACACUGGAACUCGUUGACAUCAACCCCCCAAUUCCUUCCAACAGCCCAAGGUUUGGGGGACCUCGAAACCUAACCUUGACUGUCACCCCUGACAUUGCAAACGGGGAAAUCGGCUUUACCAGUAACACCACAGUGGUGCUCUAUGAACCAGAGGAAAGCAAUACCAGCACGGUGAGCCUCCCCCUGCGACGUGAUGGGACAGACGGUCACGCUGUAGUGUUCUGGAGUCUUCAGCCAGUCGGCGCCUAUCGUGAUGAUGUAACUGCUGAUGACCUGGAGCCUCUAAGUGGCUCUGUUGUCUUCCUCUCGGGGCAGAGUGACGCCUCCAUCAACCUCACUAUCAUGGCUGACGAUAUCCCAGAAGUAAACGAGACCUUACUCCUAACUCUGGACAGGAGUAAUGUUGAGAAUCAGAUCCUGAAAGCCGGCUUCACCAGCAGAGAGAUUGUCAUUAUGGAGAAUGACGACCCUGGGGGAGUCUUUGAGUUCUCCCUGGUUUCCAGAGGGCCGUGGGUCAUUAAUGAGGGUGAGGCUGUGGAGCUGCAUGUGGUCAGAGCCCAGGGACAGCUUCUGAAACAGCUGGUCCGAUAUGCUGUCAUGCCUUCAGGCAACACUGAAUUUUAUGGUGCCACGGGCAUCAUGGAGUUUAAACCAGGCGAGAGAGAGGUGGUGGUGGCACUGGUGGCAAGGCCUGAUGGCGUGCCCGAGCUGGACGAGAUUUUUUCUGUGGUCCUUAGUAGCCACAGCACUCCACCCAGUCGCCUAGGCAACCACAGGGAGGUCAACAUCACAGUGCGGAGGAAUGACGACCCCUUUGGGGUCGUUGAGUUCAUCCAAUCAGGACUGACAGUGGCCAUCAAUGAGAGCAAGGAGAACGAUACGCACCGGGCUGUGUAUCCUGUCGUGAGGAACAGGGGUCAUUUCGGAGAGGUGUCUGUUUCCUGGGUCCUGGAGCCGGCUCUCUCGGGGGAUGUUAGCCCCCUCCAGGGAAGCAUCACCUUUGAGGAUGGGGCGUACCUGAAAAACCUCACUCUCUCCUCUGUACCUGAUGAGAUCCCAGAGGACAUGAAGAAUUUCACGAUCACACUGUUUAAUGCUACAGGUGGAGCAAGACUUGGAAACCUACUAAAUGCCAGUUUACAGAUUAAUAAGAAUGAUGACCCCAUUUACUUUUCCGAGCCUGUUGUUGUGCGACUUCGGGAGGGGGGGGUGGCCAACUUCACUGUUCUGAGGGCAGGGCGGGCGGACUUUGUUGCCACGGUGAUGUACCGAGUGGAAUUUGGUGACGCAUCUCCAGGUGACCUCGCCAUGCUGGGCAACGACACGUUGCUGGUGUUUGACGUGGGUGAAUGGAUGAAGAAUAUUUCUGUGGCGGUUGAGGACGACAACACACCAGAGACCGAUGAACCCUUCUACAUUCUUCUCUACAACGCUACUGGUGAUGCUGUUGUGUAUGGAGCACACACAGCUACUGUGGUGAUCGAGGCCAAUGAUGAUGCCAAUGGGAUUUUCUCCCUGGAAUCCACGGAGAAAGCAGUCGAAGAGGGCAAGACCAAUCAUUUUUAUGUCCUGCGUGCAAGGGGGCAUUUUGGUAAUGUAACAGUCUUCUGGCAGCUGUUUGCCAAUGACUCAGUGACUCCUCUGGAGGAAAACCAGGAGUUCACCAACACAUCGGGCUUCAUAACCUUCACUACAGGGGAAGAGACCAAGCCUAUUACCCUGCAAGCCAUCUCAGAUAAGCUUCCAGAGUUCAAUGAGUUCUUCAUCCUCAGUCUGGUUAAUAUCUCAGGUGGUUACCCAGGGGAAGGUGGACGACUGGCUGAGACUUCUCCGAAUGCCUCGGUUUUCAUCCCCUUCAAUGACGACCCAUUUGGCAUCUUCGCCAUCGCUGACAGCAACCUGGACCAGGAAGUAGCCGAAGAUGUACUCUCAGAAGAUGAUAUGGCUGAUGUCACUUCCUUCACCAUCCUCCGACAGCAGGGUACUUUUGGUGAUGUGCGGGUUGCCUGGGAGAUCGUUUCUGGUCGCUUCCCAGAGGGCCUUCCUUUGAUGGAUGACCUGCUCCUUCUAGCUUCCUUCCCAGAUGAGGUUGAGCUCAGGCCUCGUGCCAGGAGACACCACUCAGCCACAGACACAUGGUUUUUCUCUGGGCUCCCCGGAGCUUAUGGGAGCAUCUCGCCUGAAGAUGGGCCUGCUGCAGUCAGCAACUUUACCUUCUCUGCUUGGCUAGUGCCCAGACCACACACGGAUGGCUUCAUCGCCUCCAAAGGAACCAGGAAUGGGACCUUAUAUUAUGGAGUGAAGGUCCACACUAAUGAGUCUCAUGUCACGGUGAUGCUGUACUAUACAGUAAUAGGAUCAAACAAUACUCAAAUAGCACAGGCCAGUGCUGAGAAGUUUGUAGAGGACAAUACAUGGGUACAUGUCAUCAUUACUGUUGAUGAUGGGAUUAUUCAGUUCUUCUUGGAUGGGAACCCUAUUCCUGGUGGUCUGAAGAGCAUCAAAGGAGAGGGCAUCAGUGAUGGACCUGCUUCACUGUAUAUUGGAUCGGAUCCUGAGGGUGGACAACGCUACACGGGCCUUCUCCAGGAUGUUCGCUUAUACCGCGUUAAACUGAACCACAGCCACAUCCACGAACUUCACACUCAGCCUGCAAAGACAGACCUGCGCAACAUCUCAGGUUACCUGCGGUACCGCCAAGAAGAGAGGCAGAAGUCGUUUGUGGUGGAGGUCAGGGAUGAUGACGAGGAAGAGGGUGAGGAGUUGUUCUACCUACAGUUGGUGGCGGUGCACGGCGGAGCCCGCCUCCCCCUCCCCAGACCCACGGCCAUUUUGCGAGUCAUGAAGAGUGACAAUGCCAAUGGGCUCUUUGGAUUCACCGGUGGCUGCAUACCUGAUACCGCUGAAGAGGGCUCCACUAUCUCUUGUGUGAUUGAGCGUAUGCGGGGAUCCCUGGACCACGUUUAUGUCAACUACACUGUCACCCAACUGCACAGCUUGAACAGUGAGACGCCAGCCCAUCAGGAUUUUAUUAACGCCGCCGGAGCUGUGGUUUUCAUACCUGGACAGCGUUCUGAGGUACUGAACCUGUUGGUGUCAGACGAUAACGUCCCAGAGCUGGCAGAGUCCUUUCAAAUCACACUGGUGUCAGCAGAGUCCGGAGAUGGGAAGCCAGGCUCCAGCCCCACCAGUGGUGCAAGCAUCGACCCAAAUAACUCGGAUAACACGGUCACUGUCACAGCCAGUGACCAUCCUUAUGGCCUGUUGCAGUUCCAGCCCAGCUCUCCAGGGGAUGGUUUGGUUUUUCCAGCUGUAGAACCUGCCCACAUCACUGUUAAUGAGGAAGAUGGACAAAUCCGUCUGCUGGUGGCCAGGGCCCAAGGCCUUUUGGGAAGGGUCAUGGUAGGGUACAGGACAACCCCUUUCACAGCAUCCAGCCCUGAAGACUACGAGGACUCAGAUGGCAUGCUGGAAUUUCUUCCAGGGGAGAGGUUCAAGUUCAUCCCUGUGACCAUUGUAGACAAUCCUGUCCCUGAGCUGGACAAGAUUUUUAGAGUGGAGCUCUACAAUGCUGAAGCAGGAGUGGAUCAGUUUCUGCAUAGUGAAGGAAGUGGUAGUGGGGAGAGUGACUCUGACUUCCUGCUUCCAUCCUAUCACCACCAUGCCAGCUUGGGAGUUGCGUCCCGCAUCACAGUGACCAUCGCUGCCUCAGAUGAUGCCCAUGGGGUUUUUCAGUUCAGUCCUGAAUCGCUGUCUGUCAAUGGGACAGAACCUGAAGAUGGACGCAGCUCUGUAGUCCUGCAGGUGGAUCGGUCCUUUGGCGACCUCUCAAAUGUAACUGUGUACUGGGAGGCGGAUCCCAGCUCUGAGGAGGAGCUCCUCAGCCGGUUUGGGAACAUCACCUUUGGUGUUGGUCAGACGUCAGAGAACAUUAUCAUCAACGUGGCUCAGGAUGAAAUCCCUGAGUUGGACAAGAGUUUCACCGUCGCCUUAGUUAACAUCUCCCAUGGUCGCCUGGGUGUCCAGACUUCUGCUAAUCUGAACGUGCUCGCCAGCGACGAUCCUUAUGGUGUUUUUGUAUUCGCUAACGUAACAAGGUCUGUCCGACUUGCUGAAUCUGACUCAACUGUGUCCCUCGCGAUCCUGCGGCAAAGAGGCCUGAUGGGUCAGGUGCUAGUCACCUAUACGACACUGAAUGAGGCAGAUCCGGAACCUUACAGGAUACCUGGGGUGGGCCGAGCCACUGAAGGGCGGGAUUUUGUUCCCCUCCAGGAUUCUGUUGUUUUCUCUGCCAAUCAGAGUGAAGCAAACAUCACCCUCCGAGUGUUGGAUGAUGAGGAUCCAGAAAGAGAUGAGGCGGUGUUUGUGAAGUUGAUCAGUGUUCAGCUCCUCAAAGGAGAGCAGGAGAGGCUCAUUUCUACUUCUCCUUCUCUGGGCCCGAAGACUGACACUGUAGCCCAGGUGAUAGUAGAGGCCAGCGACGAUGCUUAUGGAAUCCUCCAGCUGUCGGCCUCUGCUGUCAGUGUAGCUGAGGACUAUGUUGGGCCCAUAAUAAAUGUCACACGUGUAGGGGGGAUUUUUGCUGAUGUGUCUGUCAAGUUCAGAGCAGUGCCUUUGACCGCCAGAGUCAGUGAAGACUACAGCGUAGCCUCCAGUGAUGUUGUCCUCUUAGAAGGGGAGUCCAGUAAAUCUGUACCCGUCUAUGUCAUCAACGAUAUGGUCCCUGAGCUGGCGGAGACUUUUCUCAUCGAGCUGAUGAACCAGACCACUGGAGGCGCUCUCCUGGGGGAGCUCACACGUGCCAUCAUCACCAUACUGCCUUCUGAUGACCCUUUUGGUGCCUUUGUCUUCCAGGCCAUUCCAGUUACCAUAGAGGAACCAGGAUCCAACUCCAUUGAGGUCACGUUGCCAAUAGUGCGUAAUGCUGGAACCAUUGGCACAGUGGUAGUCCAAUGGCAGGCCACUGUCAAUGGUAAACUAGCUGUGGGGGACAUCAGACCUACAUCAGGAGACGUGAGAUUUGCUCCUGGAGAAACCAUGAAGAUGCUCCAAGUUGAGAUUUUAGCUGAUGAUGUACCUGAAAUCACUGAGAUAAUUAGGGUGGAGCUAACUGGUGCGAGUAAUGGAGGAAACCUUGGAGCGGAUACAUCUGUUAACAUAAUAGUGCCAGCCAAUGACAACCCGUAUGGGACAGUCUACUUUGGGCAGUCCGUUUAUCGCAUCCAGGAGCCAUUGGAGGGAGUUUUUAGAGCCAAUGUUACUGUUUACAGAAGAGGCGGGAACUUUGGUCGCUUGGAGAUCCUGUACAGCACCUCUGAGAUCGAUAUUGUUGGCUUGGCUCUGGCUGACAGCCAAAACCUGCUGUUGUACUACAACCUCCCAAAACCAGGCGUUCCAUCCGCUGCGCCCAUUAGGACCGUUAAUGUCACCGGUCAAAGAGAUCCCCUGGCUGCAUGUGCUGCUGCGUGUCUGAGAGAGCGCGCCUGCCAGGCCUUCUCCCUGAUGACAAGGGUGGCUUUACCUUCCUGCACGUGGGUGACUUCAGGGUCCGAACAGCUCACCUCACAGUCAAACGUUAUGACCUACUUAAAAAACGUCACUGCAGCUGCCGUCCUGUUCAGUGCCCAGGCGGUGGCAGGGAGUGAUUACACCCCUGUCACAGCUCAAAGUGCCUUCAUGGAAGACGGCUCACAGGUCGCCAACCUCACAGUCCCAAUCCUGACUGAUAAAUUCCCUGAAAUGGAUGAGAGCUUCUCCAUACAGAUCUUGAAGGUGGAGCUGAUGAAUCUGACUGUGGCACAGAAGAAUCUGCCCUCGAUUGGCCAGACUGACAAGGCUUUGGUGACGAUAGCGAUGAAUGGAGACGCGUUUGGCGUAUUUUUGAUAUACAGCCUCAGUCCUAAUGCCACUAAUGAGGGGCUAUAUGUGGAGGUCCGGGAAGAGCCUACGGUUGUGGUGCCCCUGGUCAUAGAGAGAAGAGGCGGGAAUCUGGGCACUGUCACGGUGGAGUGGAGGUUUGUUGGGGGACAGGCCACACCAGAUGCUGACUUCACUGGAACUGGAGGGACUCUGGUCUUUGAUGGUGAGCUGAAGAAGACGAUAGAGAUAGUAAUCAGAGAAGAUAUUGAGCCAGAGGACAACGAGAGCCUCAUGAUUGGUCUAGUUAAUGCGGAGGGAGGAAGCCGGAUCCUGCCCAGCUCUGACACUGUAACCAUAGUGAUACUGGCUAACGAUAAUGUUGCUGGAUUAGUCGGAUUCCAUCCAACUUCACGUUCUGCGAUCGCCAGAGAGGGUGAGAGGCUGUCCUUAUUAGUGUUGAGAACGGCUCCAGGUCUGGGUAACGUCACUGUGGACUGGACUGUAACGGGGCCCCUUGUGCACCGGACCUUCUCCACAACCUCAGGGACACUGUUCUUCACUGAGAGAGAACUAAAUGACACCAUAGUCUUGCAACUCCUUGAUGAUGCCACACCAGAGGACAAAGAUGAAUACAAAGUUACUUUGUACAACAUACAAACUUUUGGUGUUGUGGUGACAGGCCACGCUGCCCUGGAUGUUCAAGGCAGUGAGGCAGUGCUCAGUGUGGACACCAGCGAUGAGCCCUACGGGCUGCUGACCAUUGCCCCGUCAUCGCUUAGGGUGACCACAGAGGAACGGGACCGUACUAUAAACAUCUAUGUCAAUAGAGAGUUUGGAGCCUCAGGAGCUGUGAAUAUCACCUAUGAGGUUAUAAGAGGUUCUCUACAAGACCUGUCCCAGGUAGAGGGUGCUCUCGCUGAUCCGGGACAAGACUUCGUCUCUGGUACUGGAUCUGUGAUCCUUCAGGAUGGGCAGACUUCUGUUGCCAUCCCUGUCACCAUACUGGAGGAUGACAUUCCAGAGUUGCAAGAGUUCUUCCUGGUCAACAUAACAUCAGCAGUACUCAUCACGACCCUUGCUACUGUUCCCCAGCUAGACACCCAAGGUUUGGUGGCAGAGGUCAGCAUCGCGGCUAAUGAUGGAAUUCGAGGAGUCAUUGAAUGGACAAACACCAUGUUUGAAGUGAAUGAAACAAUCAGGUCACUGACUCUCGUGGCCUACAGGAACAAGGGCACGUAUGGAAAUGUCUCUCUUUUCUUCUAUGCUCAGAAUCUGGAAGCUCAACAGGGACUGGACUACAAUGCCAGUGAAAUGACACUCCAUUUUGUUAAUGGCGAAAGGCACAAGUUUGUAGAGGUGCAGAUCAUCGAUGACGACAUUCCAGAGGGAGCUGAGAGAUUCCAGCUCAUUUUGUCUGAGCCUUCCCCUGGACUGGAGCUGGGCGUCAAUACCACAGCAACCGUAACCAUCCUGGCCAGUGAUGAUGGACAUGGUGUAAUUUCCUUUAACAGUAGCGAGCAUCCCUCAUUGAGAGAACCCACGUCUGUAUUGGGGCUGAGUGAGAGUGUGGCCACCCUGUACGUGGUUCGGAAUCCGGAGGAAGGCACAUUUGGCCCCGUAACUGUUCAGUUUACCAUCACCGAUGCCAACGGCAGCCUGGCAGAGGGCGACUUGAUGCCAGCACAAGGGUUUGUGGUACUGGAGGAUGGAGUCAGAUUUAAGAUGCUGGAGAUCUGGGCAGUACUGGAUGCUGAGCCUGAAGCGAAUGAAACCUUUACCAUCACCCUGUCCAACCCAACGGGAGGUGCACGCCUGGGUGACCAACUUCAAACUGCCAUCACUGUCCUAGAGAACAUGGCACCUUCUGGCUUGUUCCGCAUCGGACCUACACUCAACAGAACUAACACAGAUGUGGUCGCUGAUGAAGGUGGCAGAACAGUCUUCCUCACCGUGUCUCGGAGUAAUGGUCUGGAGUCAGCUGUCAGUGUGGAAUGGGAGACGCAGGCUGACACAGCUAUUGCCUCUGGGGGUCACCUUCCAGUGAUGGGUGUGUACCAGAGCUUUCGGGACAGCCCCACCUCUGCUUGGUGCUUCCUUCCUGACGAGCUAUCUUUCCUGGCUAUGAGGCUGGAUAAGAGGCCCGUUGUUGGAUCCUCCCACACCUUGGCCACGCUUUAUCGUUGGCAGGGAGUAUUCGUGCAAUUAGAGUAUUUUAGGAUUCAGGACCCAAACUCUUGUGUUGGGUUUGCAACGAAUGGUUCUACCUACAUAGGUAUUACACACAGUGGCCCUCCCUUCUCCCCUGCAGCCAACCUCAGCAUCUUCAGACUGCAGAAGGACCUCAAUAUCACACUGGAACAAACUUUGGGCGUCGAAGCUUUGGAUGUGAAGCACUUUUCAACUGACGGCAGAGAUUAUCUAAUAGUGUCAAGCCAGAUUUUUGUAUGGAGUGGUGGCUCCUUCGCCCUCCUCCAGACCCUGGAUUUUGAACAGGACAUCCUCAGUGUGACUCCGUUCACUCGUGAAGCUGUUCCCUAUCUGGUGGUGUGCACAGACAACGCGACUGUCAUUUGUCUCCUGCUUCGAUGGACCAGUGGAAGAUUUCAGAAUCCAAAGCCUCUGCCUCUCAUCGGCAGAGCCAGUCGGGUGGAGACAAUCAACACAAGAGCAGAGGACACGCUCCUGUUGGUUGCUAUUGAAGGUCUCUCUGCAUCCUGCGAGGUGCUACAGUGGAGGUCGGGCCAGCCCUCGCCACAGCUCCAUCAGUCUAUUCCUCACCCAGGCCUCACAUCUAUUCACCCCUUUACUUCUCCUUCUGGGAUCACUUAUGCUCUGCUGGCUGGAAGAAAUGGCUCAUCACUCUACUCCUGGAGGUCUGAUAUUAACCUGUUUGCCCUGAUCCUGACGGCCCCUCCAGCCAUUAGCUUUACCUCCCUCAUGGUCCCAUCCCUCAACACCACCAAGACCCUGUUGGCUUCCACUGAGGAAAAUAGCUCCACUGUUUAUGAAUUCACUCCUGUCUCCAAUCAGUCUGAUUUCAUACCCAGUUUUGGGGAGUUGCACUUUGCACCAGGUGACAGCGAGCUAGAGAUAGCAGUGAACAUCAUAGAUGAUGACAUCCCUGAGGUGCAGGAGUAUUUCCAGGUCGGCCUGAAGAAUCCGAAGGGAGGGGCUGAGAUUGGAUUUGGUGGCCAGGUGACUAUAAUCAUCCCAACCAAUGAUGAUGCACAUGGAGUCAUCGGCUUUGCUCAGAAUUCUUUGUCAAUGGAGGUCGAGGAGUUGGAGCAAAAUAAUCAAAUUUCUCUCAGUGUUGAGAGGAGAAGAGGGACUUUUGGCAGAUUGACUGUUCACUGGGCUGCAAGUGGUAGUCUGGCAGAUAUUUACCCCACUUCAGGAGUGGUGACAUACUCAGAGGACCAGUCAGUGGCCAUCAUCUCACUGGCUGUAAUAGCAGAUGGUGUCCCAGAGCUGAGGGAGAGUGUCACAAUCACCCUCAUGGAUGUCACCACUGUGGGGCUGCAGGACCUACGACAGGCUGCAGUCAUUGACAAGCAGCGGGCACAAGCUCUACUCACCAUCCUGCCAAAUGGCUCUCCCUAUGGGGUGAUUGGAUGGCAUCUGGACUCCCAGUUUACACUUACACAAGAACCACAGAGAACUCCAGUCAAUGUGACCCUAUCCAUAGUAAGGGAGCAGGGGUCUUCCGGUGAGGUGGAAAUCCGUUACCAGACUCGGCCGGCAUUGUACCAGCCCCCAUCCAACCAAGCCACAGCAGGAAAGGAUUACACCUCCAAAGACGACACCAUCAUCAUGAUACAUGGUGCUACUGUGGCCCUUGUCACUGUCACAAUCCUACCGGAUGACAUUCCAGAGCUGGCAGAGAGUUUCCUGGUGAAUAUUACCAGUGUGGAGCUUGUCGGAGGGUCAGUGGGAGCAGGGCAGCCGAGUGUGAAGAGGCUCGGUAUGGAGUUAGCGGAGGUCACCAUUCAGGAGAAUGACGACCCUCGUGGGAUUCUGCUGUUCAAUGUGUCUGAGGAUAUUCCUGGAAGUGUGUUGGCAUAUGAGAUACCACCACCAGACAACGUUCUCUAUCUGUCAGUGGUGCGACUCGCUGGCACAACUGGACGACUGGUCAUCUACUGGGACGCCCAGCCAGUCACAGCUGAUCACAAUGAUUUCAGCCCCUCAUCUGGAAACAUCACCUUUCAAGAUGGACAGAGCAAAGCCAGAGUUGCCAUCACAAUCUUGGACGAUGAACGAGUAGAGACUAUGGAGACCUUCAGAGUGAAUUUGCUGCGUGUGAUUGGUGGUGCUCGACUCGGAGAAGUGACCUCAGUAACUAUCAGUAUUCCAGCCAACGACUCGCCUCUCGGACAAUUUGGAUUUCAGGAAUUGGAGGUUACUGUCAGUGAGCCAGAGUUUAUGGAUGACCCAGCUGCUGUGGCAACACUAGCAGUGCUGCGGAGUGCGGGAGGUGAGGGGACGGUGACACUGGUGUGGCAGCUGGAAGAUCAGGCUUCAGAUGACCUCUCACCUUCCAACGGAACUCUCUUCUUCACUGAGACUGAGUCUAUGAAGACAUUUGUGAUUAGAGCCCUGAGUGACACUGUACUGGAAGGAGAUGAGCAUUUCACCAUCCGGCUGUUUCCUGCUGGGGGUGGUGCUGUCAUCGACCCCUUAAAUGACAUGGUCACCAUCACUAUCAGGGCAGACAAGGCUGCCCUCGGGAUCAUUGGAAUAGCAGAGUCGUCCAGGAACAUCCUCAUUGGAGAACCUCAGGCAGACUACAAUGGCAGUGCUGUGGUCAGCCUCGUGCGGGGACCAGGGCUGUUCGGAGAGGUCCAGGUGUACUGGAAUAUAACUCCAGCUGCUGUUUCUGAGUUUGAAUCGAUUUCUGGCACUGUGACGAUGAGAGACAGACAGUCUGUUGCCACCAUUGUUCUGAAGGCACUGGAUGAUGAACUUCCUGAAGUGCGUCGUGAGUACCAGCUUACGCUGACCUCCGCAACCUCAGGACUCGAAAUAAGUCCCAUAGCCAGGCAUGCCAGGGUUAUUAUGGCUGCCAGCGACAACCCCUACGGCCUUUUCUCCUUCACCGAGGGCCAGCUCAAGGCAACAGAGCAGGAGGGAAUGGUGAAUGUGACAGUUAAUCGCUCCUCAGGUAGUCUAGGCAGUGUAUGGGUGACCUAUGGGACCUUGGGUGACACUGCAGUCAGUGGAGAGGAUUUUGCUCCAGCUUCAGGACGACUUCUCUUUACCCCUGGCCAGACCUCACAGCAAGUCACACUGCAUAUAGAGGACGACAGUCUUCCAGAGGGGCCCGAGGUGUUCUUCAUCAACAUCACUGUAGUGGAGGUAGUCAAUGGCAGUGCUGUGGACUACACAGUGAGAGAAUCAGGUCUCCAGCUGGACCAACCUCCAGCUAUAGGCAACUACUCCUCUCUCGCUGUGGUAAUACUAAAGAAUGACAACGCUGAGGGUGUCCUGGAGUUCAGGCAGGACUACGUCAGUGUUACCGUUGAGGAGGAUGUUGGGAGUUUGUUGAUUCCGGUGGUGAGAGGAGUGGGCUCAUAUGGACUGGUCUCAGCUCAGUUCAUUUCUAGAGGCUCGAGUGCAACCCCUGGCCUCGACUACAUCCUGCACAAUGGCUCAGUGAUGUUCGUUCAUGGCCAGAACACCAGCUAUAUUAAUGUCACGAUUAUAGAUGACCUUGACAGUGAAAAUGCAGAGGUAUUUGAGGUCCUACUGAUUGAAGCGACAGGAGGAGCAGUUUUAGGAUCUCAGCGUGUUGCCAGGGUAACCAUCACGAAGAGUGACUCUCCAAGUGGGUUGGUCCGUUUCCUCAACGAGAGCCUAAUCACUGUGGUCAACCCGAACUCCACUCUAAAACUCAAUCUUGUUUUGGAGAGAGCGGGAGGCCUAGUGGGCAAUGCAACGGUUGCUUGGAUCAUCCGUGGCCCCAACAGCAGAGAGGUCCUUCCCCCGUCCAAUACAGACAUUAGAGAGCCUGUGAGUGGCUCCUUCUUCUUCACGGAUGGAGAGGAAGGCACACGCACCAUCGACCUGCGGAUUCUCCCGCACGGAGAGGUGGAGGUGGAAGAGACAUUUAUUAUAGAGCUCAGCAUUCUGUCUGGAGAGAUGGAUGUUGAUCCUCAGGCUGGUUCCAUAACACUAAAGAUAGAGAAGUUUGGUGACCCAAACGGCAUAGUCCAGUUCACCCCGGACGCUCUCCGAGAACAUGUCUACAAUGAAUCCACAGAAGCCGAGGGCCCAUUCAACAUUUCCCUGUUAGUUAUACGCAGAGAGGGUGUCAUGGGUAACAUCACGGUGCAUUGGCAGAUACAGAGCGACUCAGAUAUAGCUGGAGACUUUCACGCGUCAGCUGGUUCAGUGAUGAUUCUAGAAGGCCAGCGGGAGGGCGAGAUUGUCCUCAGCCUGAUGCCUGACACAGUGCCAGAGCUGGAGGAGCUUUACACUGUCCGACUCACAGCUGUGGAGGGUGGUGCUACUCUGGAGGCCAACCCAAACCUCAUCAGAACCCACAUCAGGGUUUUGGCCAAUGAUGAGCCACACGGUGUCUUUUACCUGAACCCUGAGCAGCAAUUUAUAGUUGUGGCUGGGGCAGGGGCAGAAGUCACCAGGGCUCUGGUUAUGAAUGUGACACGGAUGGCUGGACUGUUUGGCAACGCAAGUGUGGGCUAUAAGAUCAGCGGAGGAAUGGAUGAGUUGAUGGACAUCGAGGAAAUACUGGGAGGACAAGCUGAAGGAAGGCUGUUCUUGAGGGAGGGACAGACCUUCAGUACUCUCAUUGUGCCCAUCAGCAGCCAGGUGUUUUUGUCAGCAGGUGAAAGCUUCACAGCAGAGCUCACAGAUGUUAGACUGGUCAGCCACAUCCUCGGCUCCCUGCCUCGCCUCCUUCAUGAGGCCAGAGUUUCUAUGGUGACUGUGCCCGAAGAAGCUGCCAGCUCAGAGGUUGCCUUUGCCUCCUUGGCUCUGCAGGUUUCAAGUUUAGAGACUGGCGCAUGUGAGGCAACGGUGACACGAACAGGGCUGUUUGGGGACAUCAGGGUGCAGUGGGAAGCCGGGUAUCCUUCAGGAGAAGCUUUGCCAGGCUUCAGAACUGGACCUAUCACUCCAAGCUCAGGCUCACUGACCCUGGCCCAUGGAGAGCAGACUAAAGCUAUAUCUCUUACUGCUGUUGCUGAUGCAUUCGCACCAGCAUCCUAUGCAAUACAUCUCACUGCUGCCAGCUCCAGCAAUGCUGCUGUCAGUGCUGUCAAGCUCAGGUCCGGCUUUACCAUAGCAGAAGUGGAGCCAAUGGGGGUCUACCAGUUUGCCCCUGAUUCCCUCCAGCUAGUUGUGUCCGAGGACAUCCAGACAAUAACACUUUAUGUUCAGAGACUCUAUGGCUCUCGCAGCAAUACCACCCGCCUUUCCUAUAAAACAAUAGCAGGCAGCGCGGCAGCAGGAGAGGACUUUGUUGCCGUGCCAGAUGGCCGUCUGGUCUUUGACUCACUGCGCCAGACCAACACUUCAUUCCAUCUUUCAAUACUUGAUGACUCCCUUUCAGAGCCAGAUGAGUCCUUUAAUAUCAACCUAACUGAUGUUCAAGUCCUUACUCCAGACGUAGCUUUGGCAGAGGUCUAUCCUCGUCUCAACCCUCAGCGCAGUGUGGCCACUGUCACCAUCUUGGCUAGUGAUGUGACUGGUGGAGUUUUGAGUAUUGGACCUGGUCUGGUCCAGGUCCCAGAGGACAGGAAUGAGGAGACCCAGCAGGAGCAGAGGGUGGUUCUGAGGGUGCGCAGGUCCGACAGUGUGGCUGGGAAUGUGAGGGUUCGGGUUCAAGCUUAUGGAGAUGGAAGCACGACACCUCUUCCUUUCACUCUGGAACCUGUCGGGACCCUUGCAAAGGAGCAACAGGACUUCCGCUUGGAGUCCACAGUGGUGUCCCUGCAGGCUGGUCAGAAUGAGACGGAGGUUAUCCUUCUCAUCCUAGACGACUCAGAGCCCGAGGGACAGGAAGUAUUCUUCAUCUACCUCACCGAUCCAGAGGGAGGGGCACAAAUCACAGACAGUCAAUACGAGGGCUUUGGAGCAUUUGCCAAGAUCACCAUCCUUGGGAGUGACUUCCAUAAUGGUAUUAUAGGUUUUAGUUUUAAAUCUUUGAUGGGCCAAAUACUGGAUGAGGAUUCAGAGAACAGAACUGCUGUCCUCUACCUGCAGAGACAAGAAAACAGAGCCUUUGAGGAUUUGCAGGUCUUUUGGAGAGCUACGUUAAGCAAGGCAACUCCAACUCUUGUCAACAAUGGAGUAAACCUAACCACACAACUGUUGCACACCUCAGGAACUGCACUGUGUAGGAGAGGAGCGAUAACAUGUGCCGUUACUGUGGAGGUCCAGGAUGAUGAGGAACCAGAGUACCAGACAUGGUUCUUGGUGGAGAUUUAUCAGGUGGGUGCUGGAGCUACCAUCAACGAGACAUCUCGUUUUGCCAACAUCACCUUGACAGAGAGCGACGACCCACAAGGCAUUGUGUACUUUGCUGUGGGCCACAGACUUCCCAUCGCCACCCUGACUACCACAAGGGUCAGUCUUCAGAUCUACAGACAAGCAAGCACAGCUUCUGCCAUAUCUGUGCAAUAUCGCACACUGGAGCUUCUUCGGGAAGAGGUGGUGGGUCCCUCUGUAAUCUGGCCGGCUAAAGCCGGGAUGGACUUUCCUAAACAGGAGGGUCGAAUAACCUUCGAUGUCGGGCACCGUAACACGUCGCUGGACAUUUACCUCACACCGGAGCUCGCCUCAUCCCUGCCCACGCCAAAGCGCUUCCAGGUGGAGCUUUACGGUGCUACAGGGGGCGCCAGAGUGCACCCUCAGUUCGGGCUGGCUAAUGUGACUCUGGUGUCAAAUGCUGCGAGUGAAGCUGUGUGGGUCUUACUUGAGCAAUUACAUCAGCCUCUUGGCCCAACUCUAUUGAACCAGGUGCUGCAGGGACUGAUCAAUAAAGUCACAACGCCGCUGACUCGUGAGCAGAUGACCGCUGUGCUCGAACUUCUGGGGAAGGUUCUUGAAGAGGCAGAGAGGACUCCUUUGCAGGAAAGCAGCCGGAAUUUGACCUAUGACCUGCUGUGUGCUUUGGCCAAUCCCAGCAGACUCGAUACCCGGGGCCUCAGCCACCUUGCUGAGGUGGCCGAGCGGUUUGCUUUCUCCCUCCUCACAGGCAGCCAAUGUGAGAUAAGGGGUACCAUCCUGGAAGCAUGUCCGCAUAUGAGCAUCUCUGCCUUCCAGUGGUACCCAACACAAAUCAAUGGACACAAGUUCAGGGGUCGCAAUGCAGACUUCUUCCAGCUCCCAGAUACCCUGUUGGCAGUACCAGCAGCCUUGACGGCCGACUGUGGCAACCUCAGCCAGAUUCAGCUCACCGAGUUUAGAACUGAACACUGGUUUAUCAGCAACGAGACAACCACUGCUCUCAAUGGAAAGGUAUUCUCAGCCAGCCUCCAGGACAGAGGGUCACGACCCCUAGAAAAUGGGAAUGAGGUGGUGUAUCGUAUCCACACCCCUGGUCAGCAAAUUAAACCAGGACGGUCUCGGUGCCUUCUCUGGAACCAGACCACUGCAAGCUGGUCAUCUGAUGGCCAGUACUGCAGGGUUGUGAAAGAGAGUGGCAACUAUGUGGAAUGUGCCUGCUCCCACUUGUCUAUCUACACGGCCCACGCUGAGUUUGCCGCUCUUGCAUCCUACAAUGAAGCCUUCUAUGCCUCAGGAUUUAUUUGCAUCUCAGGCUUUGCAUUGGCUAUUAUAUCCCAUGUGCUGUGCUCCCGUUUCCCCAUGUUCGCUGCCAAACUGCUCACUCACAUGAUGUUGAGCUGCCUUGGAACACAGAUCUGUUUCCUGGUGUCAGCUUUCCGGGGCCGGAUGUUUUCAGAAGACAGCUGUGCUGCUCUGGCGCUCUUCUCUCACUACUUCCACCUCAGUCAGUUCUUUUGGAUGCUCAUACAGGCAGUGAACUUCUGGCAAGUGCUGGUGAUGAAUGACGAGCACACAGAGCGCCGGUACCUGCUCUACUUCCUGUUGGGCUGGGGGCUUCCUGCUCUGGUCAUCAUUGUCCUGGUCAUCGUCUUGCUGGGCGGCUUCGGCUGGACCAUACACACCGUGUACGGACUGGUGCAAGGAGACGUGUGCUUUAUCCCGAACAUCUACGCAGCUCUGUGCACGGCGGUACUGGUGCCCCUCAUCUGUCUGGUGGCAGUCCUGGUCGUGUUCAUCCAUGCCUACCAGGUUACUCAGCAGUGGAAGGCCUACGACGACAUUUAUCGUGGACGGACCAACAGCGCAGAGGUGCCGCUUGUCCUCUACCUGUUCCUGCUCAUCUCUCUGGUCUGGCUGUGGGCAGGACUGCACAUGGGCUACAGGAACCUGUGGAUGCUCAUCCUCUACGUCAUCUUUAACUGCCUCCUGGGACUGUACGUGUUUGCGGUGUACUUCAUCAUGCACAACCAGCUGUGUUGGCCGACCAAAGCCAGCUACACAGUGGAGAUGAACGCCCACGACUCUCCCGACUCCACGUACCAGGGAGGGGGACCCACCACUGUGGGUGGCGACAUCAGCAAAUCAACUCAGAAUCUCAUCAGCGCCAUGGAGGAGGUGUCAGCAGACUGGGAGCGAGCAUCCCUGCGGCCUAGCAGUCAGCACAGCGGUGUGUUUAAACCCAGUCCUGCGAUGGGGACGUACACGACCGAGGGAGGUUUCAUCAACACCAACUUGGUCACUGCAGACGAGGAGUCUCAGGAGUUUGACGACCUUAUAUUUGCCUUAAAAACUGGGACCGGCCUCAAUGUCAGCGAUAACGAGUCCAUCCCUGGAAGCCACGACGGCGGGAGCAUAAGUAACUCCCAAAUAGUUGAGCUGAGACGAAUCCCAAUCGCAGACACACACCUCUAACCUCCUCACCUCACCCAGGGAUGUCCUCUGCUCCUCGUAUCCGAAAUAAAAAUUACAACACAGUAUUUUUAUACUACAAAAUGCUUUUGCACUAAAACCCCUUUUGUUUUUUAAAUAGGAACAUUUCCAUAAAGAUGUUUCGUACUGAAUGCGAUUUUUACUGUACAUGUUUUUCAUAUGUGUGUGUGUAUAUAUAAAUACAAAAAUGUUUUACUAAAUUAAUUUUUAAAAGUCAAUGGCGUUGAUGAUUGAUGGAGUUGUUAUCUGAAUGUAUUUUUUUUUCUGUAGAGACUUAGUAAAUGAGAUUUAGCCACAUGUGCCCCCCCCCCAUAAGCACAAAUCCUGCUGCUGAGGUCGGAGAUUGUGUAACGUUGUUAAUAAAUAAUUUACCAUAUAUUUUACAUUU